CCUCUCUGUUUUUAUUUGUCUCCAUCAACGACGUGACGACAACUUCACCCCUGUCCACGGCUGUCCAGACCUGAGACAAAUUCUCUUGAGUCUGUUCUCAACGACAACCAUGCCCUUCAUGUUACCUCACAACGUCUCCCGGUUGCCUGCAACCUUUCUCUCCUACCCUUCAACCCACCUUCUUGCAUAGUCUCCCGCCCACAACAUUCAAGGUCUUUGAAAAAUCACUUGGCUUGGAACAGCGGACAACAAGACGACAGACAGUGAAUGAGCAAUGUCGAUGGUCUGUGCUUCAUGCCUCUCUUUUACCUUGACGCCGUCCUGUGCAACGCUGCACUCGACAUGCCCUACGACUGGACGCCGUCAACAAGCCACGUUGUCAUGGAGUUGCACCCGCGUCGCCUUGCCUCUCAAUACACACCUAACCCAUUUUGCUCAUUUGGUUGAACUCAUCACUGACAUCUUGAUGUUCGACAGACCCAAAAGUGCCACCAUGUGGAAGUUUAUCCACAUGGCAACCCGCCCAGAGCGCUUCUUCGUCCGGGGUGGAGAUGAGCUCGAGUACAACUCGGCCAUCGUCCUCAGUCCCCAGGGAACGCCCAUCCUCGUCAACGGGCAGCGGUUGGUGGUGCCUCGGCUGCGCGUGAAGCGCGAUUCGGAGGGAAAGCCAGUCCGGCGGGCGCCGGAGCUUUGGCUGUGGGAGAUGGAAGAUGCCGAUCAGGCGGAGGCUGAUGGCAGCGAAACGUGGAUGGAGCUGGGGUUUUUCUCAGGCCCGAAGGACCUGGAGAAGAAGUUGUUGGACUUUCUCGCGCGGGAUUUUGGAGACGCGGUCACCGGACCGGCCGGCGCGUUGCAGGGCGGGCGCGGCUCCUGGGACCGCUUUAUCUUCCACCGCCCAGGGGAGCAGCCAAAGCGGAUGACAGAGGUCCGCGAGGAGUAUUGGCAGGAGCAGAAGCGACUGGAAGAGGAGGAGCGGCAGCAGCAGCAGCAGCAACAGCAACAGCAACAGCAACAGCCCUGAAGGUCCCCCUCUGCCCUCUCUUGCCCCUCUCUUUCCCCUUUCGACUUACUCCGUUCUCUCCGUGGGAUGGUGGUUGGAUCGGUCGCGCUCCCCUGGGCGGUGUCGGUGUCGGUGGCUUGUCUCUGUUUGGGUCGGACGGUUAUCGCCCUUUCAUCCCCCAAGUCAGCGCCGCAAGGGCUUUCUGAAGGGACGCCCCUCCCAUAGUUAUGAGCUCCGCUCGUCAACGUCGUUACAGCGUUUGACAACUAUGGGAACGGGUGAGGGUCUGGUGCGAAUAUACAUAGGCACACUCGAUAGCUUGUUGAACUGAGACUUGGUUGACCCCCAGUCCUUGAAUGUGUCCCUUUCUCCAAAUUCGACGUAACA